AUGGCACUGCUCCAUUGUUCCAAUACACAUCACAUUUCCACUGACGCAUGGCACUGCAUCUUUUCUGGGAUCAUUGGGAUCAAAAUUGCAGGGCUGCUCUUGCAGGAGCACAAGUACUUUGACAGCUUGCAAGAGGAACCAGAGGACAAGCAGAUGGAGGACAGUUAUCUCGAGGCCUUACAAGAGCUCCAAGCCCAUAUUGCCAAGCUCCAGGACUUCUGCACCUUUCACAACCAUAUUGUCAUGCUCUGGGUGCAAGAGCAUCUUAACAAGCUGGCUGUCCAGUACAAAAAUGUGCUGGACACACCUUGCUGGAUGCCUGACUCCGUAGAAUGGCAAGAGACUGAGCAUCAAGCUCUAUACUGCCAGUACAACCAAGCACUCAAUCACCUUGAGAGUCUUGUUGUUCAGUGCCUCUUUGAGCUGGAAAAAUUCAAUUUGAGGGGAACCAGCUAUGCAAUGCAAAGAAGCAUUGCAAAAGCUAUGGACAAGCGCUGCAAGUCUAUCAAGAUGGCAUUGGAGAAGUACAAUAUGCUCACAGCUGCAUUAUGUCCUCCCCAGCCUCAGCUCAGCUAUCAGACAGUUGUCAGCAUGACCUGGGUAGCCAACUUCUUGCUCUUGUGCUACUCAAGGAAUGAUGUACAACACCAAAAAUGGGUGGACAAGCUCAUAUGCAAGAUGACCGUCAAAUGGCUGUAUGUGCAGUGCACAAAGGCAGAGAUACAACACAUCAAUGUGGAAGUUUGUGGCCUAUGGUCGGCACUGCACAAUGAGCCUCUUGCAUCACAAGAGGCUAUAUCUACAGAGGAAAGACAAGGAGCUACAUUGCUCAGUGCUGCAAUGAAACAGUGCCUCACAGAACACUUACAGGUCAAUGAACUGCUGAAGAGGUGCAUUCAACAAAUUUUCUCUCUCCUGGGAUUCAAUGGGAAUACAUCAGUUGGUGUCCGAGUGAGCAAUGCUGCAUCCUGCAACAAUGCCAGCACUGCUCCUGCCUUUCCACCUCUAGAAGAUGACAAUCUGGACAAUGAUGUGAUUAAUGAGCUCAGUCAGGUGGAACAGGCUUUUGCUCAUAGUCAACUAGAAUGA